AUGCCCACGGCCCAGAGGUGCCCCCACGGCCCAGAGGUGCCCCACGGCCCAGAGGUGCCCCCACGGCCCAGAGGUGCCCCCACGGCCCAGAGGUGCCCCCACGGCCCAGAGGUGCCCCCACGGCCCAGAGGUGCCCCCACGGCCCAGUGGUGCCCCCACGGCCCAGUGGUGCCCCCCACGGCCCAGUGGUGCCCCCCACGGCCCAGUGGUGCCCCCCACGGCCCAGUGGUGCCCCCCACGGCCCAAAGGUGCCCCCCACGGCCCAGAGGUGCCCCCCACGGCCCAGAGGUGCCCCCCACGGCCCAGAGGUGCCCCCCACGGCCCAGAGGUGCCCCCCACGGCCCAGAGGUGCCCCCCACGGCCCAGAGGUGCCCCCCACGGCCCAGAGGUGCCCCCCACGGCCCAGAGGUGCCCCCCACGGCCCAGAGGUGCCCCCCACGGCCCAGAGGUGCCCCCCACGGCCCAGAGGUGCCCCCCACGGCCCAGAGGUGCCCCCCACGGCCCAGAGGUGCCCCCCACGGCCCAGAGGUGCCCCCACGGCCCAGAGGUGCCCCCCACGGCCCAGAGGUGCCCCCCACGGCCCAGAGGUGCCCCCCACGGCCCAGAGGUGCCCCCCACGGCCCAGAGGUGCCCCCCACGGCCCAGAGGUGCCCCCCACGGCCCAGAGGUGCCCCCCACGGCCCAGAGGUGCCCCCCCACGGCCCAGACGUGCCCCACGGUCCAGACGUGCCCCACGGUCCAGACGUGCCCCACGGUCCAGACGUGCCCCACGGUCCAGACGUGCCCCACGGUCUAGAGGUGCCCCACGGUCCAGACGUGCCCCACGGUCCAGACGUGCCCCACGGUCCAGACGUGCCCCACGGUCCAGACGUGCCCCACGGUCCAGACGUGCCCCACGGUCCAGACGUGCCCCACGGUCCAGACGUGUCCCACGGCCCAGACGUGUCCCACGGUCCAGACGUGUCCCACGGUCCAGACGUGUCCCACGGUCCAGACGUGUCCCACGGUCCAGACGUGCCCCACGGUCCAGACGUGCCCCACGGUCCAGACGUGCCCCACGGUCCAGACGUGUCCCACGGUCCAGACGUGUCCCACGGUCCAGACGUGUCCCACGGUCCAGACGUGUCCCACGGUCCAGACGUGCCCCACGGUCCAGACGUGUCCCACGGUCCAGACGUGCCCCACGGCCCAGACGUGCCCCACGGUCCAGACGUGUCCCACGGUCCAGACGUGCCCCACGGCCCAGACGUGCCCCACGGUCAAGACGUGUCCCACGGUCCAGACGUGUCCCACGGUCCAGACGUGUCCCACGGUCCAGACGUGUCCCACGGUCCAGACGUGUCCCACGGCCCAGACGUGUCCCACGGCCCAGACGUGCCCCACGGUCCAGACGUGUCCCACGGUCCAGACGUGUCCCACGGUCCAGACGUGCUCCACGGUCCAGACGUGUCCCACGGUCCAGACGUGUCCCACGGCCCAGACGUGUCCCACGGCCCAGACGUGCCCCACGGUCCAGACGUGUCCCACGGCCCAGACGUGCCCCACGGCCCAGACGUGCCCCACGGCCCAGACGUGCCCCACGGCCCAGACGUGCCCCACGGCCCAGACGUGCCCCACGGUCCAGACGUGCCCCACGGCCCAGACGUGCCCCACGGCCCAGACGUGCCCCCCACGGCCCAGACGUGCCCCACGGCCCAGACGUGCCCCACGGCCCAGACGUGCCCCACGGCCCAGACGUGCCCCACGGCCCAGACGUGCCCCCACGGCCCAGACGUGCCGUGGAUAGACACAAGACUGGAAUAG